UUAUUUAUGCAACUUUCUCUCUUCUCUCCAUAUAUAUAAAUAUAUAUAUUUCAUUCAUAAUUAGUCAAUUAAACCUUUCCAAUCAAAUUUUCAAAUAUUUAUUCAUUAAUAUACACAUUUAAUUAAUUGUUUAUAAACACAACUUCCAAUUUACCUUUAGCAUUUAACUGCUUGCAUACUUCUUUGGUCUUCUCUAGUUCUGUUUAUUAAUUAAUAGCACUUAAAUUGCACACACACACACACAUACAUAUAUACAUUUAUAUACACACACAUAUAACUAAAUAAUAGAUUCAUAAAGAUAAAAAAUUUAGCAUGGUGAUUAUUACAGCUGUGUGCUUAUAGCAACAUCAACCAUAUCACCUUCAACAACAACAAUAAGAAGAAGAAAAAACAAAAAAAAAGGCCACUUAAUGUUGAAGUAAUAUCUGGAGGAUACUACAAGUGCUUGUUUACAAUCUGUGUGCAUAUAUAUAUAUAUACACUCACACAUACAUACAUAAAGACUGCUGUUGUAUAUCUGUAUGUACAAACAGCAGGGUAUAUAGUGAUGAUAAAUGAUGUAUUGCUACACUGAUAAUUUUCAGUCAAGGACGUGAGAUUUUAAAUCUGAUUUGAUCUAUAAACUCAAACAUUUUCACUUUGGAUUUCUUACCUAGCUGACCAAUACAGGAAUAUCUUGAACGACUGUGUCAGCGGAGAGAAUUAUCCUCUAUAUAAUUUGAAAUAUAACCAAAUACAAACGAUUAUCCUUUCAACAAAGAAAUCAAGAUUUAAACGAGGUGGUUUAAAUAAUCUGGUAAAAUGUCGCCAUUUUUCAUCAAUGCUCAAUCGUUCUCUCCAUGGAAAGUUUUACACCGGAAGUUGAAUGGUGUGUUACCUGCAUUUUGUUUUCUUCACCUUUUGUAUUUUCACGGAACUAAGGCAGAGGUUGGUUGUGCUGACGAUACAAGCGAAGGAUUUCAAUGGCAUAGCAACCUGGCAGCUUGCAAUGGUUAUUGGCAUGGACAUAUAGAAAAUGGUAGCUCUCUUUGUAGUCCAGGAUGGCAAGUAUGUUCGUGGCAGGACACACGUAUUCUAAAGAACCUAACUUGGGAAGAAGCGACGUCUGUCAGCGGAUGUUAUGCCUACAAUGCAGCCCAAGAUGGUGGUAGAUGUCGACAAUGUAUGGACAAUAUGGAACAGGAUGACCUCGCUGGCGUUGGAAAAGACUGUCCCCACCAAAACCAAGGUUUGACAUCUUGUAUCUCUGGUGGGCGAAUAGAUGCCAGUUGCUGCGUGGAUUCACACUUCAAACAUGCGUGUCAUUUUAAACUAGGCAUAGCAUCGGGUGUGCUGUGCUGCCGACUCCCGGCUCGAGUUCCCAAAAUUAUUGUUCGUCCGCCAGAAAAAAUGCACGUAUACAGUGGUCUUAUAUUUCUGCUAACAUGUCAAGCGACGGGUAUACCAACACCGACUGUUCAUUGGUACCGGAACGGAAAACAAAUAUCGAAGAAUAACUCGAGAUUCUCCAUUCUUACCUCAUCUGAUUUAAUGGUAACUCUAGCUCGACCAUCUGACACCGGACUUUACAGUUGUGAGGUGACUAACAACCAAGGAGUAGACAUGGCCAGUUCUUUUGUUACUGUAAGAGACUAUAUAUCUGGAUGUUCUGACAAGAACACUGAAGGACUACACAACUAUAAAAACAUACACGCCUGCAAAGGAAAGUGGGAUGGUCACGUGAAGCGAGCUCGAUGGCUUUGCGCCAAAGGAUGGAGUGUCUGCAAUCCUAAAGACUCUGAAGCACUACAGAAGAUCACGUGGGCUGACAUCUAUGAAUUGCAUGGUUGCUAUGCCUACAAUGCAGCAAACCACAAAGGCAAAUGUACAAGAUGUCACAAGGUCAAUAUGGCGGGAAUUGGACGAAAUUGCCGACGAUUACGUUAUACAAAAUCAUCUUGCUUAACUAAAGGUAGAAUCGACGUGUAUCAUCCCAGAAAAAGCCGCGGAUGUUCAUAUACAGCAGGUUAUACAACUGGUGUACUGUGCUGUAAACGAAAGAGAGUGAAAUCAUCAAAGCGAAGGUGUAAACAUUCUUGCCAAAACGGAGGUGUAUGUGUAGGCUUCAAUCGAUGUAAAUGUUUACCGGACUAUAAGGGAGCUACAUGCCAAAAUCCAAUUUGUACUCCUCGCUGCCCGGCGAUGUCUAUGUGUAUUAAACCAGGCAAAUGUCUUUGUAAGCCUGGAUACACAGGACGCUAUUGCAAACGUAGACACGGCUGUAAAUUACCUUGUUUCAAUGGUGGUCGAUGUAAAAAAGGAAAAUGUAUUUGUCCCCCCACACAUUGGGGAACUUCAUGCCAACACUUGCACCAGCACAUUCUACUGUCUUAUCUGAAUCGUACCGAACGAUGAUGUGCAAAUUUGAUAAAUAAUUUAAGAAAAAACAACAACAACAAGAUGUGAUAUGGCGAGGUCAUGCUGUUGUAUACAUACUGUUGUAUACAUACAUCGAAACCACCACAGUUUUGCAUUUUUUUUUUCAAAACCUAUUUGUGUAGUAUUAGAAGUGGGGAGGAAAAAAAAAAGAAACACCAUCACCUGAUAAUUUCUUACACGUACAUUUUAACCCCACCCACCCAAACACCCCAAAAAUAUGAAAAACUAGCAAAUAAUGAAGAUAAUCAAAAAUAGACGAAAAAAAGAACAUUAUGUAACGUGUACAAAGGAAAAUAUGAUGUAAAGAGUAAAAAAAAAAAUUCAACAAACAACUUUGAAAGUUAUCUUCGUUAUAGUGAACAUACAG